AUGCGAGACCAGGCCAAGAAGAAGCGGAACCCGGACAGUUCGCAAGUUGGAUCCAUCACCACCCGGGACCAGGCCAUCAAGGAGACCCAUCUCUCCAUGACCUCCGCCAUGGGGCCACUCGUCUACCUCCUGGAGGUAGGCCACGAGGAGAAGACCACCAGGAGGGAGGUGGUGGCUGAGCGCCUUGGGGCAACAUUUUCUCAGAUGGGGUGGCUCUUCGUGAAGGUCAGCCGCGAGCGCCGCGAAUGUGCGAUCUCGAGAGUCGCCCCACAGCUUCGCCACAUGGUGCCGGAAGACUCCGGGGACGAGGACUCGUCGGAAGCUCUUUGGAGAACCGUUGUUCCUGAAUUCAGAACGAGGAACGAGACCCUGAAGGCGCUUCGCGAGGCAGGGCAGUUCUCUCCCCCGGCUGAGGAUCCUGCUGCCCCAAGGGCCCGAAACGUCGCCACGGGGUCCACCUCCCGGGUACCAGUGGCCAGUCAUCGGCAGCCCUUCUACGCCAGGGGGCCCUUCUCGUACAGAGGGUCACCGAGGUCGAGGGACGUUCUGAGUAGGGAGCCUUCAUCUGCGCUUUGCUAG